AUGAAAGUCUAUCAUCUUCUCUUACUGAGCUUUAUUGCUCCCACAUCCAUCGCACAAAGCAACACAUACUGGGUACACGGCAGCUACCAAAACCCGAAGUUCAACGGAGGGUUUGAUUUCGGGAUCAAAGACGCGCUGUUUAUGGCACGCCGCUCCCUCAUGAGACUCAAUGCGCCUGUCAGUCCCUACAUGGAUGAUAUCUUUUUGCUCCAUUUCCGCAAGCCCGGGACAGAUAUCGCGACAUUGAACAUAGUCAAGAGGUAUGAUAUGUUGGAUGGCCAACAGACAAUUUGCUUGUCGGCAGGCAUAUUCGAGACCGUUGGGGAGCGGUUUGUAUCAACAACAAACCAGGUGGCAGCGGAGGUCCGCUUCUACUGUGAUAAUGAUGAAUGUGGAGAUGGGAAGCGGUGGACCUUGACCCCAAACGAUCCAGAUGAUCCGGUCUAUGUGAGGAACGACCAGCUACCACGUCUACCAUCCCCUGGGGAAAAGGUCGAGGAACAACCAUUGCAGCAGUGGCAGGACGAGACAAACUGGGUUAGACAAAGUCGCGGAUCCAUGGGCUGUGCGGGUCCGGGUACACAAGCCGAAACCUACACUAGGAAGUUCUCAUCUGAAAGGAGCCCAAGCGGUAUGAAUGCAAACCGAGCCACUAUAACUAUAUGUGACAGCUCUUUAUUGUCUUCAGAACUUGUUACCCCUGACUUCUUGAAGUUCUCGUCAUUCAAGGGUCUGGACAGCGACUUCGCAAGCCGCCGGCCCUUUGCCGAAUUCACGACUUAUGGAAAACAAGUAGUGUUCUUGGACAUAUUCGCACGAACUGACGACGUGACAUACGAUUGGAAAUUAACUGUUACUCAGAGCGCUGAGAAGGCAAUUCGGAACGCUGAGACGUUUGUCAUGUACGCGAUGUUUUCACGAGCCGCGGAUAAAGGGUAUAGGUUGAGAAUGGACGGGGCUGACGACGCAACCAAACUCAAAAUGAUAAACAGAGCCGAGAUAUUCUACGACCAGAACCUGGAAAGAGUUGGAGGCGAACAAGAUACUCCUUUUUGA